AUGCAGAUUGCUGGCCCGUCGCACAUGGCUGAGCAGCACGUGGCGCAACGAACUGGCCCCAAGCUGGGUCUUACAGGAUUCGUAUUUGUGGUCGUAGUGAACGUGGCUUUGACAGACCCGUAUGCAUGGGGCCAGAAUUUAAAGGCUUCGUCUCACCCACAUUUGCAUUUGGAGGGCAGAGUCAAGAGAUAG